AUGACGAAUCUAAAGAAAUUCAAAAAGAUUCCCAUUUAUGUAGUAGAAGAACAUAAUGAUGCAUUGCAGUUUAUUUAUUCAGCUAUUGGAGGCAAAAAGUUGCCAUUGGAGGGAACGACUCUACUACACUUAGAUGCGCAUCCUGAUAUGCUCAUUGAUCGUAAAUUGAAAGGAGAGGAAGCACGUUCUGGGAGACAUGUUUUGCCAUUAUUACAAAUAGAAAAUUGGAUUGUACCGGCAGCGGCAGCUGGACACAUCGACCGAGUAGUGUGGUUGCGUCCGCCGUGGGCGAGUCAAUUCCGAGAUGACACGCGACCUAUACACGUCGGUGAUCAUCCGACGUCAGGCGAGCUGCGAGUCGACUGCAAGGAACCGUAUUACCUCUCUGAUGCGUUGUACUCACCGCAAUUAGUUAAUAAGAGAAAAUUUAUAUUCACAUCAGCCGAACUUUCAGAUUCUUCAUUUUCUACCGACGAAAGUAAUCAAAAAUUUAUAACUAAUAUUAAUGUUAAACAUCCUUAUGUACUCGAUAUUGAUUUGGAUUUCUUCAGCACUGGAAACCCUUUUCUCGGUUUAUACAAAAACAUCAAUGUUUACGAUCGACUGCAACCGAUAUUUGAAUUCGAAGUUCCGGACGUCGACGAAGCGGAUACAAUUGAUAAAGUUGUCGCAGCGCGGGAGCGACAACUAGAAGAACUUGAGAACUUGUUCCAGCACUUAGAGCAGUAUGAUAGCUUGGAUAACUAUGCGGGUGAAAAGUCGAAAUUGUACGACAUGGUUGACGAGCUAGCCACAGCAGUAUUAGCAGAAGCGGGCAGAUUAAACGAAAAGCCAGACUGGUGGGCAGUAUUUGCAGGUGGCUGUACACGUGACCAGGGGGGUUUGCCAUACCACAUAAGCACAGAACAAGAAAUUGAGGACUUAGUAAAGAAAGGUUUAGUGCCGCUACUAAAGAACAUACCUCCGCCUGUGUUGAUCACAAUUGCCAGAUCAACUGAUGACGGUUAUUGUCCUCCUCAUCAGGUUGAUCACAUACAGUCUUUAGUGUUAGAUGCUUUAAAAGAAAUAUACGAUACAGAGGACCCGGCCUUGUAUUAUCUCAGUGUAAAUACCUCAGAAUGA